AUGGRUAAUAAAUCAUAUGUGUGCCCGAAACAUGGAACGAUACCUACAGUGUCUAGCAUGUUGGCAAUUUAUGUCAAGACCAUCAAUUGUUUGUCAGAUAACAACAUUAACCAUUACGGACAAAUUUCARCCAUACCAAUCCCACAAGUUAUUAGUCAGGAAAGUGAUGCAUAUGACAUUUUUGAAAAGAUCAUAUUCCGAAGACCUCAGGAAGCUUCGAACUUCAACACCGGGUUGAUCUAUGCCAUUCUUUUUGAGGUGGAUGACCGAGAGACUAUUGGUGGCUCUGCCUAUGGAGGCCAAAUAUCUAUCUGUUGCACCUCAAAUCUAGCGAAAUUGGGUGCAUGUAAGGAAGGGGAAGAUAUUCAUCGCCUAUCAGCAAUAAAUCCUGGUUGGCCUGAAGUGUUUGGUGUAUCAUUUGAUGUCAAUGAGGAAAUUUCCUCUAUGAAACCGAGGUGUGUGCAGAUUACAAGAACCGGGAUGUAUAAUUUGUACUUCAAUCACUGUGAACAUAGACUUGGUGAUAUCGUUGUAGAGGGGAAAACUAUAUUCAAAAAUCCCAGCGGUUACGUGACGGGUAGAAUGGUACCGCUUUUGAACUUCUAUGGGUUCAUUUCCCUUGCAUUUCUAGUUCUUGGGAUCUUCUGGUUCUCCCAGUAUGCAAGAUACUAA